GGCAAGUCUCUGGUCCAUACACACAUUCCCGGAGACUAACAUUAUUGGGAGAGCUACUCAUAAGUGUUGUCCUCCAGUGAGAAACAAACCAAGACAUCACUGCUCCACUCAGGAGUGACCAAGAAGCCAUGAAAUCCCUGACUGCAGGAAACUUAGAAGAUUGCCUACUGGAUCAAGUGGACUUGAGGCGUCAGUGGAUUUCCCAGAUUGUGGAGGAGGUGCAGAAAGUCAUCCACCAUCUGACCACAGAAAUCAGCACCCGAGACAUUCGAUUUCAAGCCGUCCCUUACUCUGGCACAUACAACGGGAACAUUAAGGUUUUGGCCCCCAGCCAGUUCCUCAUCACAGUCCCACUGAAAGGCCUGGCAGGGUACAGGGAGGCCGAGGAGCAGCGCUGGCGGUACUACACCCUGCGGGGCGCCAGGCUCCCCUGCCCGUUGCGGGACCCUGAGGGCCUGCAGCAGUGGCUGGCAGUGGGGCAGUUCACGAAGAGCCUGUGGCAGUGGCACGAGGCAGACGUGAACAUCGAGGGAGACAUUGUGCCUGCCAAGGUCCUCCAGGUGUUCCGGAAGCUGGUAGAAAAUGCAAUUGGAACCUGUCACCUCUCAGGUAAGGUCAGCAUGCUGGCAAACUGCCCUGCCGUUUGCGUUGCCGUGGAAGCAUCCUCACGUCAGGUGGAAGUAGAGCUGGUCCCCGCAGUGGAGAUCCCCACCGUCUGGUCCAAGAAAGCCCAGUGGCCUCCAUGUCUGAAGCGCUGGCCUUCCCCUGAGAGAGUGGAGUGCACCAAGUCAUUUGGAUUUACCUUGUUGGCCGGUUCAAGUUAUCACUGGCAGCUGAGCUUCUUGAAGGCCGAGCAGGUGCUGCUGGAGCAGCUGGAUGAGGACGGGGGCUGCCGCAGGAAGUGUUUUCAGGUCAUGAGGCAGAUGAAGGAGGAUGUCUGGUGCCCAGGGAAGAGGCCUGUUAUCACGUCCCACCAUCUGCAGACAGUGCUCUUUUGGACUUGUGAGAAAUAUCCGCACUUGAAGGACUGGCAGGUCUUCCGCAAAGCGUUCCUGCGCCUGGUGAGGAAGCUGCACAAGUGCGUGAGCCAGCGCUUUCUGAAACACUACUUCGUGCGGAAGAGCAACCUCCUUCAGCACGCCAGCUCAUGCGAGCUGGAUGCUGUGGCCCAGAAACUGGCCUUCUUCCUGAAGGACCCCCAGAUCAGCCUGGCCUGAGAGACUCUUGGACAUUUCAUUCUGGCUUGACCCUCGUUCACUGUGGAUCGUUCCAGUCAAAUGCCACGAUCCUGCCCAGGAGAGAAGCAACAUAUGACGGAGGAAUUUACACUGGCCCAGUAGUACUGAAGAUGGGGGAAACUGUGCCCUAAGACGUCUGACCCAGGCCUCCCUGGAGCCACGAGAGCACUUCAGCCCUCACUAGCUACCUCUCUUGGGGAUAGCUCUCAGCAAGCUUCACCAAGCCAGUUUCUGAACUGAUGACAGUUCUGAAGUUAUUUUCCCUUGCUCAGGCUCUGAUGGUCUGACAAGGAGGAUGGAGACAAGAACCUCUUUCCAGAAGGCCAGGCAUCAGCCUGCUGCCCAGCCGUGGUUCUCCAGCCACUGACCACGGGCUCAUUAUCUUCCCAUUUGUAAAAUGGGACUGUUAAUAUGCCUGCCUCACAGCAGGGCUGUGAACCUGCGGGACCGUGCUGGUGUCCUUUCAAGGGGAAGGCGUUGGAUCAGCACAAAGUGUAACUCGUGGGUUUAGUAGCUGGAGUUUGCAUCCUGGAUGGGUCCCCACACCAGUGAUGGAACAGGUCUGCUGGGUCAGCAUGCCUGUGUUUCCUCGCUGCCUCCAGCUCUUCUAAACGGUGGUUUGUGGUGUGUUCUGUCUGCUUCCCUGGUUUCUCGAAGCAGGAAAAGAGUGGUUUUGAUGCCUAGCGUCAAAGAUGAAGUGCAGCCACUGCCCUCUCCUUGCUUCCCGUGCUGCAGGACAGGGAUGGGACUUCCUUAUGUUUAUGAAUGAACUUGGUACCACCAUCUGCAUGGAAUGACUUUGGUGUCACUCAUCUCUCAGUUCCCUCCUUUGCUCGCUUCACUCACUCAUUCAUUGAUAAAUACAUGCUCAUUAGGCAUUGGGAAUGCAGCAAAGAGCAAGAUCGACAAGGCUUACUUGAUGCAUGAUGCCUAAUGGUGGGGACAGGAAAUGAACAACAGAUAAAUAAACAUGUUCGUUACCAAUUGUAGCAAGUGCCCUGAAGCAAAUAAACAGAAUAUUGAAAUAGAGCCACAGAGAGAUCCUUAAAGGAUGAAAACGCAAACAGCUGAAGAAGGAAAGGGGGCCAAGGGCCCACUUGGAGGGGCUGGCAUGAGUCAGAUGACUUGGCCUUGGAAAGCAGUGACUUCCCGAGGUCAUUUCAUUGCUGCCAGAAAGCAGUGGGAGAGAAGCAGCAAAUGGCCAGCACACACUCCUCGCCUCCAGUUCUGAUGCUUUUUUCUGUGCGGAUCUACAUAGAGAACAAACUGUGGGCACCAGCACUCGGCAUCCAGGUCAGUGGACACCGUGGAGCUGAGGAGCACUGUUGAUCGGCACUGCCCACAGCAACAUGACCUAUAGAGAAGCCCAUUCCUGCAGAGGAGGAAAGGUCAGAGGCUUCCACAGUGCGGGACUGAAUUUGGAGAAGGCUCCCUCUGCUCUGGGGCCGGCUUUGACAGGACCUACAGUCUUAGUGUGAGAGGUCCCAUCCCAGGGGCGUGCCUGGCACUCCUGCCCCAGUCAGCUGGGCCCAGUGAACAACCUGAGCCGGGUUGGAGUGUUUCUGUACCCAGAGGAAUGGGCAGAGCUGCUGGUUUUGCUGUGGGCAGGGAUAUGGAGAUGAGAUAGAAGCCGGCUUCUCCCCUCAUGGCUGAUGCUCCCAAGGGGGCCAUAGACGUGAACAGAUCACCAGAGGAAGGUUUUAAAAGCAGAAUCAAAGUGUAAAACAGAGAGAAAUUUCUCUGAUGCGGCAUUUACAUAAGAAACACAUUCAGAAAAAGAGACUGUGAUUCUGAAAGUGUCCUGAUUAUACUGCACGGAAAAUCUCCCUGGGAUCGGAGGAGGUUUAAAUUCAUUGGGAGAAGAGGAAAUAAAAUCCCCCUUUUCAAUUUGCAAA